CGCCCGUAGUUUCUGACAAUAUCCAAUAUGGCAGCCUCUACUAACAGCAGUAAAGUAGCUGAGCUUUCUAAGGCUGAGUACCUUAAACGUUAUUUAUCAGCUGACGAAGAUCUCAGUAAAUCAAAAGGAAAGAUAAAAAAGAAACGACGUAAAGUUCCGGAGAGAGGGUUAAAAAUAGUAGACGAUGAUAUAGACUGGAGGCAGAUGGUCAAAGAGCCAACGGAGGUUGUUGAAGAGGAUGAAGAAGAAGAAGCUCCAGUGAUCGCUGAGUUCAUUGAUGAGCGACCAGAGGAGGUGAAACAGAUGGAAGUCUUUAGAGCUGGCAACAAAUGGAAAGUAAUUGGAGCUGAUGAGGAUGAGGAGGAGAGAGAACUUGCAGAUCUUGUGGCAUCAAGCACAUAUCCACAUAACUCACCAAAGGAGUCAUCAAAGGGAAGGAAGCAGGAGUCUCCUGUCAGAAAAACAAGACAUGACUCUCCAGACAUGUCACCUCCCAGAAAAAGUCGCCACGAUUCUCCAGAUUUGUCACCUUCAAGAGAAUUUUCAAGAAAGCCAGAAAAGGUGCAGAGAAAAGUUUCUUCUCCUACUGGAAGAAAGCCCAGCUCAUCACUGCACAGUAAACGAUCACCAGAGGCUAAGAGGACUACAAAAAGACAUGAUUCAGACUCUGAUCAGUCACCUCCACGAAAGAAAACAGUGAUGAGAGAAGCUUCAGAUUCAGACCAGUCUCCUCCAAGAAGGAGCUCAAAAAUAAGACAAGACUCUGAUUCUGACCAGUCUCCACCCAGGAGGCGACCACGGAGUGGAAAAGACUCAGACGGAGAUUUGUCACCACCUCGUCGGCCUGGCUCAUCACAGGCUCCAAGGAUGCUUUCUGGUGGAAAAGCAGGGCUUGUUUCUAUUGACGUUUUAAGGAAAGAGCAAGAGGAGAAUCGGCGCAGAGACAAAAACAAUCAGCCCCUAGAAGACGAAUCCCGCAACGCCCAGACUGUGUUCCGAGACAAAAGUGGUAAACGGCGAGAUUUAGACUCAGAAAGAGAAGAGCAGAAGAGAAAAGCAGGAGAAAAAGCUGCAAAGGAUGAGAAAUAUGCUCAGUGGGGGAGAGGGUUGGCCCAGGGCGAGAUGCGUCAGCAGAAACUGGAGGACGCGAUGCAUGAAGCCCAGAAGCCACUGGCCCGCCGCUACGACGACGAGGACCUUGAUCGCAUGCUGCGAGAGCAGGAAAGGGAGGGGGAUCCUAUGGCAGCGAUGCUUCGACGCAAAAAGGAUAAAAACAAGAAAACACAAGAGAAACCUCGUUAUAAUGGCCCUCUACCUCCUCCAAACCGGUUCAACAUUCUGCCAGGUUAUCGGUGGGAUGGAGUCGACAGGUCGAAUGGUUUUGAACAGAAACGUUACUCACGGAUUGCUGACAAGAAGGCCGUCCAGGAGGCGGCCUAUAAAUGGAGCGUGGAGGACAUGUAACAGCAGCACAAACUAGGGGGCGGCAGCAGCCCGCUCGUCUGUAGACAUUUAUCUCAUCGUUGAAACAACUGCAGUUCAGACACGUCGU